CUCACUUUGUCCUUGCCGUUUUCUUGCGCGCCUCCCUUUUCAGUGGCUUGUGUUCUGCCUUGCGUUUCUGUUCAUUGUGAUGGGAGGUGAAGUAGAAGAUCCCUAUCUACAUAAUGGGCAAGCGUGUGAAGAAGCAGAGGAAGAGCUUUCUUCCUCUUCAGAAGACUACGCCGAGUCCGAGGCCGACGACGGCGCAUAUGAGUUGGAUGAUGACGAAGUGGCAAAUGGAUCUUUUUCGCUCAAUUCCAGACGUCCCAAUGCUCACGGGGGCCAUCAUUCCAAACUCAAUUCGUCUACCCUCCAACCUCUCUCUAAUCGAAACCAAAAAUUCUCUCAUCAUAUCCGGGCUUCGCCCUUAGAGGAGUGGGAAGGCAGGUUUAAUGUUGGCAUGUCUAACUCUGUGACGACAGCAAUCCGUGAAAGUGUUAGAGGUACGACUAUUGGUAAAACUAAAACUACUGAGAAAGCUGAUCGGGCCACUGUUGAGCAGGCAAUUGAUCCUAAAACCCGCCUGGUUUUAUUCAAGAUGCUGAAUCGAGGUCUCUUCAAUGAUAUUAAUGGAUGCAUUUCGACUGGGAAGGAGGCAAAUGUUUACCAUGCAACCAAAUGCGAUUGUCAAGAAUUUGCAAUUAAAGUGUACAAAACAUCUGUUCUGGUUUUUAAGGACCGAGAUAGGUAUGUUCAAGGAGACUAUCGAUUUAGAACAGCAUAUGGUAAGCACAAUCCCAGGAAGAUGGUAAAAACAUGGGCAGAGAAAGAAAUGAGAAACCUUAUGAGGCUAAAGGCUGCUGGCCUUAGGUGCCCAACACCUUAUCAACUAAGAAAGCAUGUUCUGGUCAUGGAAUUUAUAGGAAAGUCAGGUUGGGCCGCACCUCGUCUUAAAGAUGCAGCUUUAUCUCUGGACAAGCUUCGAGAAGGCUAUGUUGAAAUGAUUAUCGCUAUGCGCACAUUGUAUCAAAAGUGCAAACUGGUGCAUGGAGACCUCAGUGAAUAUAAUAUCCUCUAUUUUGAGGGUCACCUCUAUAUUAUUGAUGUUUCUCAAGCUGUUGAUCUUGACCACCCUCAUGCACUUGAUUUUCUGCGUGAAGACUCUGUUCACGUAUCUGCUUUCUUCAGAAAGCAUGGCGUUGCUGUAAUGACAAUAAGAGAACUGUUUGAUUUUAUUGUUGAUCCAUCCAUCACUGAUGAUACCGUGGACAGUUAUUUGGAAGAGGUGCAACGAAAAAUUUUGGCCAGAGGAGACUUGUCAGUGGAGGAUGAGAUUGCAGACUCGGUUUUCGUGCAGGCUUACAUUCCAAAGACACUUGAUGAUGUCAAGAAUGCUGAGGAGGACGUGCAACGAAUAGCCAGUGGCAAGGACACUGAUGAUUUGUACUACAAGACGACCACUGGACUUAAAGAGGCUCUGUCAAGAGUACAAACUUCAUCAGAAAAUGGCCAGCAAGAGCAGGAACCAAAACCCGCAGGUGGCAGUGUUGAAGAUGGCUUAGGGGAUGAGGAUAGCCAAAGUGAUUCUGAAGAGAGUUCAUCCUCUGAGAGUGAAGCAGACGCUCCUGUGGAUAAGAAAUCCGCUCGAAAAGAAAAUAAGAAGAAAGUGAAAGAAGAGAAAAGAGAAGCACGGAAACAUAAAGUACCCAAGGCUGUCAAGAAAAGAAAGAAGAAGUUGGCCAAAGCUCAAAAGAACAGGUAAGCCAUUCUUAAUGGUUAUCACUUGCCUGUUGCUUUAGUAGUUUAGGUCCGUGGGAAGUAUAUAAGAUAGAGCUACAUUCCGGGAGUUUUUUCAGUCCAGUACAAUUUUGUACGAAGAUGCUAGAAAGCGAAGAACAGAGUGCCCAUCUUUUUAUCUAUGGUUUUUAAAUUCAGGUGUUGCUUUUGGCACGUCUACGUUUGUAUGAGUUAAUCUUUUGUAUUUUAUUAUUGCUCUACAAAAGAUUCUUAAUUAUGUGAUAGAAAUUAUUGCUCCGAAAAA